CAAGUGCUAAAAUAAAUUUACAAGAUUUUUAAUUCCAUAGUUUUUAAAGUACAGUUGCUACAUUUGUUGCUAGUUGAUGCACCUUGCAGUUGUCACAAUAAGUUUUUGGACAAGUGGCCCGCAGUUAAUAGACUAACCCUCCAAGUCUCAACCCCUAUAUUUAGGCCAUGCUUCCCAACAACAACAACAGCAAGCCCAUUGAGGUGCCUAUGCAGUCAUACGCUGGCCAAAGGCUCAUCAUAGCAAAGCCCUUGGUGCCUGAACAGCAGCCCAAGGUGAAUAACAAGUACAACAAUCAGGAAUCGGCACGCAUCUCGCACUUUGAGAGCAAAAGCAUUGAGCGCAUGCUGUUGAGCUUUUGCGCCGUGGAAAGCAUAAGCCUAAACAAGCAUAAUGCGGAUGUGCUGAUCGAGGUGCUGCUGGCCGCUGUCGAAUGCUACAUGAAGCACUUGCUGAGCAGCACCAUUGAGCUCUGCCAGCAUCGGACCGGCAACAGACUCUACAACGAUCCGAACUGUGUGGUCAACGAUAAUAUGCGCACCACCAUGAUGUUCCUAAACGAUCGCGAGGUAACGGGCUAUGGCAACUCUGAUGAUGACACCAACUAUGGGCAUCGCAGACGCUGGAAGAAGCUGCAACGCAAUCGAAACUUCACUGCUUGUGAUAACGAAAUACGCUUGGAGACCACCAACAAUACAGCGCUGCUGGCGCUGGGCGCACGCAAGCCACCCACAAUGGGUGCAGCUGCCGUUGCUGCUGGCAGCAGUGCAGGCUCCGCUGCCAAGUCGAGCAGCGCUGCGCUACCUCAACGCGCCUUUACCAUGCGCAUUAAGCAUGUGAAUGUGAAGGAUGUCAUGCAGUUUAUGGAGGAUCAGCAGCGCUAUGCCAAAUCCAAGCUGCUCUACGAUGCCUACAUAAACUACAAAUGGUGAACACGUGCAGCAGUUCAUUAAACUUGAAUAAAUCUUAACAAAAGC